AUGUCUCCACUGCAAAACCCAGCUCUUCCCAAAGGCUCCCUCGUUCUUGUGACGGGAGCCAAUGGCUUUUUGGGCUCGCACGUCGCAGACCAGUUCCUCCAUUAUGGAUACAACGUUCGGGCAACUGUCCGAGACCCUGUGAAGCAUGCUUGGUAUGCCGACUUGUUUGAGAAGAAGUAUGGCAAGGACAGGUUUGAGCUCGUCCAAGUUGACGACAUGUCCAAGGACGGUGCUUUCGACGAGGCAAUCAAAGGUGUCCAAAUUUUCGUUCAUACAGCUUCUAUCAUGACGUUCGACCCCGACCCGAAGAAUGUGAUCCCCCAGGUCAUAGCUGGUGUGCUCAACGCUCUCAAGGCGGCCUACGCCGAGCCGAGCGUGAAGCGAUUUGUCUUCACGUCUUCCUCCGCCGCAGUGGUAACUUCUCAUCCUGACGUUCCUCCAAUCGUCGCCACCGAUGAUACCGAGAACGAGUGGGCUGUCAAGCGGGCCUGGUCGGAGCCCCCUUACCCCGCUGAUCACGGCGCUCGGGUGUACGAGGCCAGCAAAACCCAGGCUGAGCAGGAACUGUGGAAGUUUCACCGAGAGAACCGUAGCAAGAGGCCUGACCUGGUUGUCAAUACAGUACUCCCCAACUUGGUGUUUGGCAGGUCACUUGACCCCGUUCGCCAGGGUUACCUAAGUAGCGGUGGUCUUAUCCCGGCUCUUUGGAACGGAGACGUCCUCUCAUUCCACAAGGCGCAGAAUCCGCAGUACUUCGUCGACGUGCAAGAUGUUGGCCGCCUUCACGUCAUUGGCGCUCUGUUCGAGAAAGUCAAGGAUCAGAGACUUUUCGGCUUCGCCGACCGCUUUUCCUGGGACAAGAUUCUGGACAUCAUGAGGAAGCAAGAGCCUAACCGCAAGUUCCCUGACAAUUUCUCUGGCGGCGAGGAUCCCCAUGAGAUCCCGCCUCGACACAAGGCGGAGCAGCUGCUCAAGGAGCUCGGGCUCCCGGGAUGGACAAGUUUGGAGGACUCCAUUAGUUACAACUUGGAAGCACUGAGGGCUUCCUCCUAG